GUAGCCAGUGUGCGCAUGUCACUUCGCACGGACGAUCUCUUUCUGUCGUGGCAUCUGGAGGUGAGUGGUUGUCGUGGUUUAUACACGGAAAGAUAAUCCAACGUUUUGCGAGUGUCGAAAAUUGCAUCGGUCCUCAGGUAUAAUCCAAAGAGUAUCGCAGAAAUUUCAUCAUGGGUAAAGAGAAGGUUCAUAUCAACAUUGUAGUCAUUGGACACGUAGAUUCUGGCAAAUCUACGACCACUGGACAUUUGAUCUACAAAUGCGGUGGUAUCGACAAACGUACCAUUGAAAAGUUCGAGAAGGAAGCCCAGGAAAUGGGUAAGGGUUCCUUCAAAUAUGCUUGGGUAUUAGACAAAUUGAAAGCCGAACGUGAACGUGGUAUUACGAUUGACAUUGCUCUUUGGAAAUUUGAAACUUCAAAAUACUACGUCACAAUUAUUGACGCACCUGGACACAGAGAUUUCAUCAAGAACAUGAUCACCGGUACCUCGCAAGCUGAUUGCGCAGUGCUGAUCGUAGCCGCUGGUACAGGAGAAUUUGAAGCUGGUAUUUCUAAAAAUGGACAAACACGUGAACAUGCUUUGCUCGCUUUUACUCUUGGUGUAAAGCAGCUUAUCGUUGGUGUUAACAAAAUGGACUCUACCGAGCCUCCUUAUUCCGAGACUCGAUUCGAAGAAAUUAAGAAGGAGGUCUCUUCGUACAUUAAAAAAAUUGGUUACAAUCCUGCAACUGUUGCAUUUGUACCAAUCUCUGGUUGGCAUGGGGACAACAUGUUGGAGGCCUCUAGCAAGAUGCCAUGGUUCAAGGGAUGGGUAGUAGAACGUAAAGAAGGCAAGGCAGAAGGUAAAUGCCUUAUCGAAGCUCUUGAUGCCAUCCUUCCACCUACCAGACCUACGGACAAGGCACUCCGUCUUCCACUUCAGGAUGUGUACAAGAUUGGUGGUAUCGGAACGGUACCGGUUGGUCGUGUUGAAACCGGUGUAUUGAAACCGGGUAUGGUUGUUACAUUUGCUCCAGCGGGUCUUACCACUGAAGUUAAAUCAGUCGAAAUGCAUCACGAAGCUUUACCAGAGGCUGUACCUGGUGACAAUGUUGGUUUUAACGUAAAGAACGUAUCGGUCAAGGAAUUGCGUCGUGGUUUCGUUGCUGGAGAUUCUAAAAAUAAUCCACCAAAAGGAGCAGCUGAUUUUACCGCUCAGGUCAUCGUACUGAAUCAUCCAGGACAAAUCAGUAACGGUUAUACGCCGGUAUUGGAUUGCCAUACCGCUCACAUUGCAUGCAAGUUCGCCGAGAUAAAAGAAAAAUGCGAUCGUCGUACCGGCAAGACCACCGAAGAAAAUCCAAAAUCUAUAAAAUCGGGAGACGCCGCUAUUGUGACUCUUGUGCCGAGCAAGCCAAUGUGCGUAGAGGCAUUCCAGGAGUUCCCUCCGCUUGGACGUUUCGCUGUCCGUGACAUGCGUCAAACGGUUGCGGUCGGUGUUAUCAAGGGUGUCACUUUCAAGGACACGACGGGUGGAAAAGUCACCAAGGCCGCCGAGAAGGCCCAGAAAAAGAAAUAACUAGUUUCCGUAUGCAUGUAUCGCCGGAUGGGCUCCGGCCUUUUGUAGCUGAGGUAGUUUGUCCUCUUUCUUCAUGUCUUUCGUAUAAGAGGAAGUCGUCGUUAUGCUCGCCGUCGUCGAAGACAUUUCCUAUGAAAUUGCAUUCCGUUUGGAAUAACGAGAGCAGGAUCAAUAAUAAAGGGUCGCGACGUUACGGCUUCAACUCGAACGUCCAGAUAAUAACAUCUUUCUCGCGUUUCUUUGGUAUUCGUCUCUUUCGUUUGUCGAAGCGUUCGCUUCGUCACUUCUUCCAUCGUAAAGAAUUUCGUAGGAAAGGUUACGGGGUGUAAUAGGGAGAAAAGAAGAAGAACCAUUUAUCGACUAAAAAAAACAUACUCGCUCCUUUAAUUUGUACGAUUUACAUGAGGUAAGAGGGGUAAACUACGUGAGCUAUCUCGCGAUAACGAUUUCUUUCACGCGAACAUCAAAAGAAUAUCAUAAUUUAGCUCGGCUUAAUUAUAUUUUCUAAUUAUUAUACGGAAUUAAUAAAUCCUAUAUCUGCGAUAUUCGACAAACAUAUUUCAUUAUUAUUCUUUGUCGUCGUUAUUGCUGCUAACCGAGGUAUCAUCGUCAUCCUUUUAUCCGAUAUGCUUCCAUUCUUUUACUCGGGGAAGUCGAUCGAAACUUUGUGUCUCCUUUAUUAUUAAUAUCGUUUCUCUCUUUUCCAAACGGUCUUUUCUUCGUUCGUUUCUUUUUUUUCUAAUUUUUCCCCCUCCCCUUUUCUCUUUUCUUUUUUUCUUUUUUUUUCUUUUUUUUUUUCCUUUUUUUUUUUUUUGUUGUUGAACAACCGCGCGUAUAAGCACAAAGGUAAAAGCUCUCGGAUUCGUUCGAAAUUACGCGGGGAAUAUAUAAUGCAAUAGUAGAUUUGAAUAGAUUUCGUUAGGUGUACGGGACCUGUUCUUUAAUAUUAAUAUUUUUCGAUUAUAUCAGAUUAAUUAAAAGGUCUGAUUGCUCAAGAAGACAUACGUACAUACAUAAAUAACUUUUCUACAAAGGUAUACACAUAUUGCUUUUAUCGAUGACAAUUGUCUUUUUACUCGAUCCACGCGAAUUGUGGUAUUGUGCAGGAGGGCGAUAUCUUUGCAGUAACUCGGCACUUUAACCUGUGACUUUGCAUAACAGAAUUGGUUGAAAACAGUUUUCUGUACAUAUGAAUAACGAUAAUAAUGAGUAGUAAAGGCGAAUAAAGAAGCUACGGAAUCCAA